CGAUGUGACCCUCUUUCUGGCUGUCCUUUUCCACUUGAAUUGAUAAGCAUACUACGGAGCACUACUUAACUACUACACGACUUCCGUAAACAUCUCCACCUACCUAGUCGCACUCAUUUCUGUAUUGCGCUACUGUUGUCGCCCUUGUCUGUCGCUCAUUACGCAACCCUCUCUGGCUCUAUUAUGAUUUGACGUUCGAGCGCUCACUAUGUUUCCAUACUUUGGGCUCCUUAGAGUCCUUCCCUUCCUCCUCACACUCUUUGCGUCUCUAGCAUCAUCUGAGCAUACGUCGAAUUGGGCCGUCCUAGUUUCGACAUCGCGCUUUUGGUUCAAUUAUCGCCACCUCGCAAAUGUCCUCUCGCUGUAUCGUACCGUCAAGCGCCUCGGAAUCCCCGAUUCGCAGAUUAUCCUGAUGCUUCCCGACGAUAUGGCCUGCAACCCUCGCAAUGUCUUCCCAGGAACGGUCUACAGCAAUGCAGAUCGCGCAGUCGACCUUUACGGAGACAAUAUUGAGGUGGAUUACCGGGGCUAUGAGGUAACGGUGGAGAAUUUCAUCCGUCUUUUGACCGAUCGGCUAGACGAAGAUGUACCACGGAGCAAACGCCUUGGGUCUGACGCGGGAAGUAAUGUACUUGUGUAUAUGACCGGACAUGGAGGAGACCAGUUUCUCAAGUUUCAGGACUCCGAGGAGAUUGGAGCCUGGGACUUAGCGGAUGCCUUCGGUCAAAUGUGGGAGAAGAAGCGUUAUCAUGAGCUACUGUUCAUGAUCGAUACUUGCCAGGCCAACACGAUGUAUACGCAUUUUUAUUCGCCCAAUAUCAUUGCCACCGGAUCCAGCGAGCUUGACCAGUCUUCAUACUCUCAUCAUGCCGACAAUGAUGUCGGAGUUGCAGUGAUUGACCGCUGGACGUACUAUGUGCUCGAGUUUCUUGAAACUCAGGUCACAAGUGCGAACUCUAAACUGACACUGGGCGACUUGUUUGAUUCAUAUGACGAAACUAAGAUUCACUCACAACCAGGCGUGCGAUGGGAUCUGUUCCCUGGCGCUGAGCAGGAGGGCCGCCUACGAACGGUGGUGGACUUCUUCGGGAAUGUCCAGAACAUUGAGGUUGAGAAUACUACCGCGACUGACCCAGGAUCUCUAAAAGAAGACCUUAUAGAGAUUGCGCGACUGGUUGAGAAAUGGCGCGCACGCGACCGAGAAUACUUGGUCAAUCAAAACGACUCGUCGCUUCGCGGAGGUAACGACAACUCCGGAUCGCAAGCUUCUUUAUCACCCCACUCGCCGAGGAAGAACUUUGAGCCUGUCAAAAUGUCCCAAGAAGCUCCUUGGGAAAAGCGACUAGUCGGAGCCUCUGUCUUGGGGGUCUGCGCUGCUGUCUGGCUGACUGGAUCGAUCUUAGGCCGGCCCUCAGUUUGAUCUUGGUCUAAAUUCCAAUCCAACUAUAUAUUUCAUGUCUCUAUAGUCUCGUUCUCUUACUCAUCCAUGGCAUUCGGUUGUGCUUUCCUAUGCUACCAGCGUACAGUGUGACUACAGCCUGUGGUUCUGUAUUAUGUGAUACCUAGUUUCAGGAGUACUGACAGGCGUUGUUGGAUUAUCAUUAUUUCUCUCUCUCUCUCCCUCUCUUGAUAGAUGCCUUUUUUUGCACAUAAUGGACAAACUGCAGCUAGAUCUCUGGAAUUGAGAGUAUUUCAGACGCUCUUCAUAUUCAAGUCCAAUUGAAGAGCACAGUUCAUCUACCUCCUAUCAAUGUAUCUUAAGAAAACAAAGGAACAGAGAAUGCCCUUGUGCAUUAAUCCUUUUAUUUAGAUUUCAUUGUGAGACUGAUAGGACAGUUUCUAUAUGACAAAUCAGACUGCGAUCUGUGA